AUGGAGGUUGCCAGCAUGACACAGCCUGACCAGGCAAACGGUGCUCACUCAACUUCCAUCGCCAUGGACGCCUCUAUGGAUAUCGACAUGGAUAUUGACCUCGGACCGCUUCCAGAGCCGGAACCAAUUGAAACAGAUCCCGCGACAACAACAGUUACUAGUCAAGACGGCUCGAUCGAUCCCACAACGGCUGAAACGCAGUAUGAGAAGGUUCAUAUACGAGGUGUUGACGAUUUAACUACGGAUAGUAUCAAACAAUUCGCGACAGAUUACUUCUCCGGCGAGGCCCCUUCCCGCAUCGAGUGGAUCGACGAUACAUCCGCAAAUAUCAUCUAUUCAUCUCCUGAAGUUGGUCUGCAAGCUCUGGCAGCUUUCACGCAGACCAGCGAAGAGGAAGAUACAUCUUCAUUUCCACCUUUGCGCUUACGGUCUGCCAAGGCGUUGUCGACGCACCCCGAAUCUGUGCUUCAAGUAAGGUCGGCAGUGAAGACCGAUCGCAAAAAGCCCCGGGCCUACGAAGCCAGUCGAUUCUAUCUCAUGCAUCCUGAACACGACCCCCGGGAGAAGCUGCGACGAGAACUCGCAGAUAGACGUCGUCAAGGCGGUGAAGUCUCAAGCGAUGGUGACUAUCAACGAAGACGGUUCGACGGUCGGGAGCUUAGACGGCGAAGAGACCGUGACGCGGACGAACAUUUCAGCGCCAAUAUGUACGACGAUGAAGGCCCACGUGCUAGCUCCGACUAUUCAGACACAGAGAGAGGUCGCAACGGACGAACACGGAGAGGCCAGCGGGAACUAUUCCCAGACGAAGGACGUUUAUCUGGCCGCCUUCGGAAUCGGAGCGCCUCUCCAGGUCGCGACACCCUGGCCGAGAGUGGUCGUCUAGAGCAAGAGGAGCGCGGCACACGAAGUCGCUUCCGGGAGCGCUCGCCACAGCUUAUCCGUCGCAACGAAGGCAAGGAGCUUUUGCCCUCUCGUACUAGCGACAGCGAUUCCAAUGCCCGCGAACUCUUUCCAAACAAGCCAUCGUCGAGCUACCUCAAGAAAGAACUUUUGCCAAGCAAACAAAGCAAUCAUCGUCGCUCAGAUGCGAUUGAUGCCGCUGAUGACACAGCAGAUCUGUUCUCGAGAAUCUCUGCACCCCGGGGGGAUGGCGCUCGGGACCAGAACUUGUCGCGCAAUAAGAACAUCGAGUUGUUUCCGGACUCGGCGGGUCAAAACGGGGUCAACAUUCGUGGAGCAGCUGGCCAGGACCAGGGUAUCUCGAUUCGAGGUGCGGCCAACGGCGUGUCAAUCAAGGGUCGAGGCUCAUCUGUCCGAGAGCUGUUCCCUUCCAAGUACAAGUCCAAUGCCGGCAAAGAGUUAUUCUCUGAUAAGAUAGAAGGACGAGGCGGUCCUCGAAGGAGGGCAGAGGACAUGUUUGGCUAG